GCUAAUAUUAUAGACAUACAGAGAAAUCAUAUAAAACAUAGGGAAAGUUCGGCAUUCUUGUAAAAAGUAUUCUAUUUUGUCAGUGUUAUCCUAAGAACUACAAAUAUUAUAAAAAUGGGAUUGGUACAUGUGAUUGUUUUUCUGUGGGCUGCUGUUUUUCUCGCAGUUAGUUUUCCAGCACCGGAAACCGUUAAAGAUGAGGAAAAAUCUACAAUUCUUAAGCCUUCUGUAGAUUUACCCGAUAACGAAGCGAAAAUUUUAAAAAUUAGCGAAAAUGAUGGCGAACAUCACAGAGUUGCCAGAGCAGCUAACCCGCAAGUUGGACAUUUUGUUAACUACAUUAGAGACGACGAUAGAUUUCCUACCCUUGCUUAAAAACAUUAUAACGUUUGUAUUUUUUAAUUAUCUAUAACUGUGAUAUGUAAGGUUUGAAGGGGGCGGAAUCUAACAUUUUGUGAAUAUCACAGCAUUUUUAAAGUAUUACUACAAUUAUUUUAGUUAACUUGUACAAAACUAAUUGUUAAUUGAUUAAUAAAUAAUAUAGUCAAAUAUUGCUGGUAUUAAUUCCAACCUUUCUAACUAAUUUUUAUAUUAUAACUAACUAGUAUGCAACCACAACAUCACUUACAUUGAAUUCCAUGUUGCAUAUAUAUAAGGUGUUUUAUACAAUUGUUUUUAACUUAUAAUUCAAAGAAAUUUUUUACCGCAAAUUAAUUUCUAAUUUAUCUAAUAUUUAUAAUGAAAUGUAAAACUAUGUGUAUAGUGUGUCAAUAUAAUCUUACUACAAAAUACGAUACUGUUUAUUUCUUUCUCAUCCAUCAAUCAUUGUCAAAAACUUGGAAUAAAUAUGAAAAUAAUAUACAUUAAGCUAAUCAUUAUCAAUUUGUGCUUGCAUCUUAUAAGAACAAGAGUUUGUAUAUCAAUAAAAUAAUAAAUAAUUUUUUUAAAACAGGAUUUUAGUAUAUUUUAUCGAACUCAGUUGGUUAAAAUUGUUAUGAUAUUUAAUACUCGCGAUAGUUGGUGACACUGAUUAGACAUAACCUUAUUUUAUGGUGUCGUGCUAGCACAAAUUUUUAAAAAUACUUGUAGUUAUCUCGAAAUUUCGUAACAGUUGUGAACGGUUUAAGGAAACAUUGCCCAAAAACUAUAAUUCUAGAUGUAAGAUUAAAUUUUCAUGUCAAAAUGGCUGGUGUAUUCGAUUUAGAACUGCCUGAUGUUGAAACUGUAGAAGUGGAUGAUUCAGACGAUGCAAUCGAAAUUGAAGAGGAUGAAUAUGACCAGAAUCCAAAUAUCAAUGCAAUUGUGGAAACAGAUGAUACGGAGACAGUUCAUCUUACUGAGCAAAUUGUGAACCAGGGUCAAGAGAAGACUGGUCCACAAGACUUUGAACUCCGUAAAGUUUUAGGAAAAGGCGGCUAUGGAAAAGUAUUCCAGGUUAGGAAAUUAACUGGAAAGGAUGCCAAUACGGUGUUUGCCAUGAAAGUACUCAGAAAAGCUUCCAUUGUUAGAAACCAAAAAGAUACUGCUCAUACAAAAGCGGAAAGAAAUAUUUUAGAAGAAGUUAAGCAUCCUUUUAUAGUAGACUUGAUAUACGCUUUCCAAACGGGUGGGAAACUGUACUUAAUACUAGAAUACCUCAGCGGUGGUGAAUUAUUCAUGCACCUAGAAAGAGAAGGCAUAUUUUUAGAAGACACUGCUUGCUUUUAUUUAUCUGAAAUUAUACUCGCCUUAGAACAUCUGCACGGACAGGGAAUUAUUUAUAGAGAUUUAAAGCCUGAAAAUAUUUUACUCGACGCCCUCGGUCACGUCAAAUUGACAGAUUUCGGUCUUUGUAAAGAACACAUCAACGAGGGUAUUUUAACCCAUACAUUUUGCGGUACCAUCGAAUACAUGGCUCCGGAAAUUUUAACUAGACACGGUCAUGGAAAAGAAGUCGAUUGGUGGUCCUUAGGUGCUCUCAUGUACGAUAUGUUAACUGGUGCACCCCCUUUUACGGCGGAAAAUCGUAAAAAGACAAUAGAAAAAAUUCUGAAAGGAAAAUUAAACUUACCACCUUAUUUAACGGCCGAUGCGCGCGAUUUGGUGCGCAAACUCCUAAAGAGACAGGUGCCUUCGAGAUUGGGUGCUGCUCCCGAAGACGCUGCAGCCGUCAAACGUCAUCAAUUUUUCAAGCACAUCGUUUGGGAUGACGUGUUGAGAAGGAAAUACGAACCUCCAUUUAAACCGAGCCUCGCUAGUGAUGAUGACGUAUCUCAAUUCGAUACGAGAUUUACGAAACAAACUCCAGUAGAUUCGCCGGACGAGUCCACUUUAAGCGAAAGUGCCAAUCUAAUUUUCCAGGGAUUUACGUAUAUAGCUCCAUCGGUAUUGGAAGAAAUUUACAAACCGACGAUCGUAAAGGCCCGUUCGCCGCGUAAAAGCUCGUUCCGACCGCAUUUCGCGUUUACUCCGACUCACCAUCAACAAUUACACCAUAUCCCCGAUCAAAAUUGCGGUUAUUCCGGCGGUAUGUCGUCGGUACAAGUCAAUCACGUGCCGCAUCCGAUGCACGGACACCAUCAAAUCAUGAAUACGCAUUUACCGCUAGCGGCUCACAAUCAAUUUACACACCAGAUGGCGUUCAACGUACCACAGAAUACGUGCACCGACGAACUAAUGGAAGUUAGUACCGGACUACCUCAUGUAUAGCAUAUAUGCUAGAUCUUUUUUUUUUUUUUUUUUAAAUAUAAAUUAGUCAUAUAGAAUUUUUUUAGUUCAAUUGUUUUUUUUUUAAUAUUAUUUUGGCCGGAGGUGUCAAAACUUCUCGUAUUUUAUCUCAAUUUGUGAUCUAAAUUCAGUGACUGUUGUCAUUUGUCAAUGUCAUAUGUUGGCAAUGUAAGUUUAUUAUUAGAAAUAAUUGUUGUUGAUCAUGUUUUAUCUAGUAGGGCCGGUUAAUGACAUUGACAGGUGAAAAUAACAAUUUGUGUUUUAUUUUUAAACAUUUUUUGUAUAUACAGCGUGUCCCAGACUUAUUUAUCAGAGCUAUAUCUCCUGUACGAAUAUUUGUUUUGGUUUGAGAGGUAUAACUUUGAUAUAUUAGUCUCGAACACCCUGUAUAUAUAGAUAAGAGAAAAUAUUUAAAUAUAUAUAAUAAUUUCUUGAGGGAAUUUUCAUUUUAGGGGCUUUUUACAACUUUGAAUCGAAUAAUUUCUUGUUUAUCAUUGGUACAUUUGAACUACUCUUCUUCAUAUAAUAGAAAUAAGCUCGGCAAUACCAAUAGUCAUGUUGCCAUGUGUAUAUAAUACAUGAAUCGUUAUUAUGGAACGUCCUGUACAUAUAAAUUGACAGAGAAUAGAUAGAUAAUAAAAAAAUCAAAAAUUAAUUACUCUAGUCGCUUUUUCCAAGUUUAUAUCGAAAACUUUCUCAUUUAUCAUUGAUUUAAUGCUUUCGGUACAUUUGAACUACUCUUCAUAAAAACGAUUAUAAGCUUGGCAACGUGGCGUAUUCGUUUAUAGUCAUGUGUUUAUAAAAUUAUAUUUUUUUCGAAUAUUCUAUACAGUGUGGAUAUAUUAUUAAGGGACGUCCUGUAUAUAUAAUUUGGCAGAAAAUAUAUAGAUGAUGAAAAAGUUUAAAAUAAAUUAUUCUAGUGGGUUUUUACAGGUUUAAAUCGAAAACUUUCUCCCUUAUUAUUGAUUGAGUGGUUUCGGUACAUUUGAACUACUCUUCAUAAAAACGAUUGUAAGCUUGGCAACGUCGCGUAUUCGUUUAUAAUAAUGUUGCCGUGUUUAUAAAAUGCGAGGUAAAAUAUUGCUUUUUUGAAAAUUUGACACCGCCGCUGCAAAUAUCCGUUUUGUUAAUCUGUUACCAGAAAUAUUUAAUUUCCUAUUUAUAUUUUUUUACUUGAACGCUUGAAAAAAAUUUCAUUACUUUUUUGGGAAGGCAUUUUUUUUCUUUUCGUUUGAGCUACUCAUCGGGACGUCGUUUUAAGUUAUUUGAAAGAUAUUUAUUAACAUAUUUUAACCAUUUAUAUAUAUAUAAUUAUUGAAAAAAAAAUUGUUUAUGUCGUGAAAACAUUUUUUUGUAAUUUUACCACGUUGACGGACGUGUUUGAUUUACUUAUUGAUAUUUUCAUAAUCUGGGGGUAGAUUUUUAUCGUAUUUUAGUUGCCUUAGCAGGAAAUUUGUAUGUUUAUAAUCCCGAAAACUAUUGCCGUAGCAGUAAUUUCAAAUUAUCAGGUUCAGAUUGCCUAAAAAACACUUUAUCAAAAUUUUCAAAUCAUCAAUAAGUCUUCCAUUAUUAAAAAUCAAAUAAAACGCGAAAAAGUUUCCCCAAAUUGGAAAAUUAUCGUACGAGGGGAGUUGGAUAAGUCUAUAAGCAUUUAAACCAAAGAUUUUUCUUCGAAGGUAUCUAAAUAUGUAUUAUCGGUACCAAAUUUCAAAUUGCGAAAUGGAAAUUCAAAUUCUCAUUGAACCGAUUCAAUACAUUGAAAUAAUGUUCAAAAUUGUUUAUGGUACAUUUGUGAAAGUGGAUAAUACCGUGUGGGUCCCAUAAAACACAGUGGCUUUAACAAAAAUCUCACUUUGGGGUUGAUUCACUCUAAAAAACAAAUGUUUUAACUGCUUCUUGUUCUCUGGGGUGUUUUGGUGGAUAUACGGCUUCAAAACUGUUUAAAAUUUCAUCUAUAUUCCAAUUGAACAAUGCCAAACACUCUGGCACCAAAUUGCUUUCCCCACAGCUUUCCCAACCAACAACAAAUUCAAUUCACCACUUAAAUUGAUAGUACAUGGUUCUAGAAUUUAGUAAUGGUUGGUUUCCAUACAAAAGUAGCACACAAAAUUCUCUCACUUUCAAUUUUAGUCUGUCAAAAGUAAAAUGAUAUUGACAGGAGACAAAUGACAGAAGUUAAAAGGAGAUUUUUGACGUAUGACGAAUUAAUUAUUCGUCGAUUUUCACACAUAACCUCAACACAUCUAGAGAAAAUAUUUCCCAAGAAGUUUAUGGCACCAAUUUGUGACUCGAUAUCAUGUUGCCACAUUUGCCUAAAUGUACGUCAUCCCCCGUAAAACUCAAAACCGAUAUAUUAGUAGUCGUUUUUUGAAAAUUUGUAUUUUUUGAAAUUGAAUGAUUAAAUCGUCAUGUGGAAGUAACAGAUUUCGUUUAUUGUUUGAGUUUUAGAAUUGAAUCACGUUACUGCUAUGGCAGACUAUCCAUUCAUGAACACUUCUCAUAUUACUGCUAUUGCAGUCAUAGUUAAGUUAGAAAUAAUUUUGUAUUAUUACUCUGUAGCAUUAAAUGUCCAUCAACGUGUUAAUUUAUGUUCUCAUUUUGAUGCGACAUAUAUAUGAUUACAAAUAAAACAAUUUAUUAUGUAAUAA